UUCUUUUAUUGCUGACGGUAUAAUCUGAUUGAAUUUGGAAAGUCAGAUAUCUACCAAUGGACGCCGAAACUCAGUAUAAAUAUCUGCUCUCGUUGGAAAGUGUUCGGAGUAGUGCAAAAUGUGCCUACAAAGCAGCACAGCUCAACAAAUUAAGAUCAUUUGACUUCCACCCCGAUCGUCUAGACGAGGCAGCAGAACAUGUGUGCUCUUUAAUCAUGCGCGACUUCUCGCCAGAGCAAUUCAAGACGAUCCCUCCUCACGGCAGAUGGCAGCAUUUUGAGACGAAAGACGUUCCUAGACUCGAAGAGUUACUGCAAGAGUGGCGGAAUGCUGGAACAGACGACCUGGAAUGCUCUCGCAGACUGGUAGACCUCUUUCUAGUGUCCGUCCUGCUCGAUGCUGGCGCCGGUGAUUUAUGGAAAUUCACUGAAAAGAGUACUGGCUUGGAAAUCGAGCGUAGUGAAGGUCUCGCUGUUGCCAGUCUGUAUGCUUUCAAAGAUGGAGUUUUCUCUAAGAGUAGUAACGAGGUUAAUGCCUUGGGACUGAAGACGCUUACUGCAGAGAGUCUCGGCAGUGCUAUGCAGUCGUCAGUAGAUAACCCUAUUCUUGGCUUGGCAGGACGAGCAGAGUUGCUUCAAAGGCUUGGCAGCUCACUACUAGCUCUCCCAGAGAUCUUUGGUGAAACCGGCAGGCCUGGAAACAUGGUUGAUUUCUUACUACUCUCAAAGAGUAGAGAUAACCCAAUUGACCUAAAGAACCUUUGGGAUCUUCUUCAACAGCUCCUGAUUCCAACUUGGCCUACGAAUAGGACGACUUACAACGCUAAGCCCAUCGGGGAUGCUUGGCCACUUCAGAUACUUCACGAGCAGCGUGAACAUGAUCCAUCCGGAACCGGAAUCCAGCCUUUCCAUAAACUGACUCAGUGGUUGACAUACUCGCUUCUUGUGAUCUUCGAGCGUCUCCUAGACAUCAAAUGGAUAGGCACAGAACAUCUCACCGGACUUCCAGAGUACAGAAACGGAGGACUCUUUGUCGACAUGGGAGUCUUGACGCUCAGGGCUGAAGUUUUGGAUCGUGGGAGAGCAGCAUCCGGGACUAACGUUCCCUUGUUUGAUCCGACAGACGAUGUAAUUGUGGAGUGGCGGACUUUGACAGUCUCCUUACUAGAUGUGACGCUUGAGCUAGUGAAUCGAAAACUUGCCGAGAAAACUGGGGAAGUUGCUGAACCGCUCACUCUAGCACAACUGUUGGAGGCGGGAACUUGGAAAGCUGGUAGAGAGCUGGCUGCGAAAUACAGGCCGCAGAGUAAGGGCAGUCCCAUUGAGAUACAAAGCGAUGGGACAUUGUUCUGAAUCUUGUGUGUUUGGGCAUAAAUUAGAGCAGAGAUACCAAUACGUUGAAAGUUAUAAGUUGAGAAACUGUCACGCGCGCGACC